AUGGAUGUGACUGGACCUAUACGAAGUGAGCUUAUGAUAUUGACGGGAUUAAUGAUUGCCAGGAUGUGGUGCAAGAAGUAUUCUGAACAUGAGGUUUUUCCCGUCCUGAUGUUGUCAUUGUAUGGCAGCAGAGGCUGUAUUGUUCAAGCGCACAUGCCUCCAGAAUCUGGGCGAUUGCAGGUACGCUACAGCGAGUUUUUCGACUUUCGCGAGCUCACUCAAGACUGGUUGGACAUCUUUGUUCGCUGGUUUUUGAGUGAACCGCUGGCAGAACCUUUGUCACGAAGUGAGGUGACUCACUCGGGACUACGCAUUGAUUCUGAGAACCUCAAGGAGGCUGAGGUAGACGAACCGCCUGACCACGACUCACGUAUUGCCGAAUCUCCUCGAUUGAAUCCACCUGAGCAUCCUGAUACGCCUGAACAUCCUGGUACGUCUGAACAUCCUGGUACGCCUCGUCCCCCCUUGAAGACAAUUUCUACGCCGCUAUCCAAUGCACCAUGUGAUGCGGAAGGCUUAAGUCUCGCUCAGACAGUAUCACCACAGUGA